UAGAAAUCAAACUUAAAAUAAGGUUCACCGGAUCACCACAUUCCUUUCAAUCUUCGAAUCAGAAACGCUUAGGAUUUAAAAUUUGAAUAAUGAAGCUGUCCAUCCGUAUGCUGGACCAGCGCACCAUCUCUCUGGAGAUGAACGAAUCGCAGGAUGUGCGGGCCUUGAAGCAAAAACUGUGCAACAUGCCCGAAGUGUCCUUGCCCGUGGAGAGCUUGCAGUUGAUCUACAGCGGUCGCAUCAUGGAGGAUGCCUUGCCGCUCAGCGAAUACAACAUAGCAGAGGACAAGAUAAUUGUGUUGAUGGGCAAGAAGACUAUACAGGUGAAGCCGGCAGAAGAGCAGGUCGCCCCAACAACCCCGCCUGCAGCAGUUGUUCCUGGUGAGGUUGGCACCAACCAAGUGGUUGCACCUUCAGUGGCUCCCGAUGAGCAGCGUGUGCGUGCUCUCAUGGCCAUGGGCUACGGCGAGCAGGAGGUGCGUUCCGCCCUUCGCGCUAGCUUUAAUCAUCCGGAACGUGCCAUUGAGUAUUUGAUCAGUGGGAUUCCCCAGGAGCCUUCAGUGCAGCAUGGCUCGGUCUCUGCACCGGUAAGCGCCCAGGCAUCAGGCGAAGGAUUAGGGGCACUGGAGGGCGAUCCUGGUCUUGCCCAAAUGCGUAACUUGAUACGCGAAAAUCCCGAGCUACUCCAGUUAAUUAUGACCAGACUGGCCGAAAUGGAUCUGACUGGCAAUGGUGCCAGUGAAAACUCUACACCGGGAAUAGGAGAAAACGUGCAGGUCAACCUGACCGCCGAAGAAGACGCCGCAGUAGAGCGACUGGAGGCACUGGGUUUCCAUCGCCUGGAGGCCGUGCAGGCUUACCUCGCCUGCGACAAGGAUGAGCAGCUGGCCGCUGAGAUUCUAUUACGCCAGUCAGAGGAGGAUAUCGAUGAAUAAAUCGCGUAGGGCGCACGUAAAGUGCAGCCAGAACAUAACCUA